AUGACUUCUCAAGUCAGUAUGCCGACAUUUGACCCUCGGGAAGAAUCCGCAAAACUUGUGGAGCAUUUUAUUAUAAUGAAUGGAGAACCUGAGUUUGAUGAUAAAUUCAUUUCUACAAUGAUGGCCGUCCUUAGGAGUCGAAUUUUAAAGUAUAAGAAGAAGGCGAGGGGAGACAAGGUCGAAUUUUCUGACGAAGAAGCCAACCAUGCAGAGCUAUUGCUUUAUAUGAUAAGUGCUCUAGGCCGGAUGACUCCCGAUCUAAAGGAAAAAUAUAAGGUCUGGAAUGUGUUGCAGACAAUCAUAAAGCCUGACAACAUGUUCCCUAAAACCUACCAAAACAUUUCCCAAGCUUUGUUUGAUGAGUUUGAGGCUAUCGAAUGGGGCAAGCCUAUCGAAACCGAGACGGCUAAAAAGCUGAGACGUGGCGGGCCUGCUCAAGCAGGGAAGCCUCUCCUAUUUGUGGCAAAACCCUCGCCCAAAGGUCAUCCAAUCUUCGGAUUGGAGGGCCCCAUGCACCAUAUAUGGCGAUCUCAAGGGACUUGGGCUGGCGCAAGAAUAAGCUAUGUGUUCGAUCCUAGCUUUUCACGCAGAGACUUUAAAAUUUUCGGACAUAACGGGCUUACAGUGGGGGACUGCUGGCCCCUCUUGGUUGCUGCAUUCCGAGACGGAGCUCAUGGAGAAAGAGUUGCAGGAAUUUCUGGCACUGGCACCCAUGGCUGCUACAGCGUUCUCGUUUCCGGAGGAUUAUACAAGGACCAAGACGUCGGAGAUCGCAUAUUGUACUCGGACAGUAGGGCCCAUGUAGCAACCGAACCGACGCCUGACCGAGACAACAAGUACGUCAGGGCUCUGCUGCGGUCGUGCGAAACCAAGCGUCCUAUUCGAGUCAUCCGCUCUUUUAAUGGCAACUGGAAGCACAGUCCCAGAGCUGGAUGCAGGUAUGACGGCUUGUAUGUGGUCGACAAGUAUACGGUGGCGACGAACACACAAAAGGGAGCCUUCCUCCAGUUUCAUCUGCGUCGGCUUCAGGGUCAGCCACCGAUUGAUGUUUCAAAGCCCACCGUGGACCAGGAGCGAGAAUUCGAUAAAGUCCGCCUAGGUUACUAA